AUGGGCAUGGAAGACGGAUGCACUUACAGCAGGCGGAGAGCGCGUACCUGCAAGCCCUACCAAAAAAGAAGAUCGCCUACUGACACGGAGGGAGUGACCAAGGCGGAAGCAAGACAUCGUGGAUCCCAAGACGUGGCUAUCAAGAGGGAUGUGCGCGAAACAAUGGUGACACUCAUGAUGUCGGUUACCCAGCAGCAAUCAAUCGCUAUGCGAGACUGCGACGCCGAAGAGAAUUUCGACGCGCUCGUGUCGGAAGACAACGUCGGCAACACCUGGGAAGGAGACGACCUCCCGAAAGCCUGCACAUUUUGGGCGUGGACGAUACUGGCGUACCUGCACGGCUUCGUAGGAGACAUGGAAACGUUUCACGAGUAUCUGGCACUCUCGGACAGCUUCGUACAUGACUCCGCCAGAGGGUCACGAGAUUCGCUCCCAGUGGGGUUCCCCGAGGUUGUCAAGCAUGGAGAAACGAUCAAACUCUUCACUGGGACUGCAGAAGCCGAAGAGGUCGAGUCGCUCCUUGCCCAAGAAGUUUCUUUUCCGGGGGCGUGCGAAGUCGCAACCGAGGCGCACAUCUGUCGAUAUAUCAUGCAAUAUCACAGGGCGAUUGAAAUUAGCAUCCAACAACUUGUACGCACGACGGACGACACAGCGUAUGUUGGAGCGGAUGACGCGCGUCAUACCGACGAUGGUGCUGCGAAGGGGUCGAACUUCGGCGAUAGAGUAGGCGGAAUUUGUUCCCUCGCCCGCCUUCCACAUGGCGGCGAGCUUAUCUGUGACGUUGUGGAAGGGAUCCAGCUUCAAUUCCCAGGGUUCGCACAUCUUGAAGACGCGGUGGAGAGGACCCUGUUCUUUGACAAAACGGUUAGCGGGGAUACCAAGGGCGCACUGGAGAGACUAGAACGCUGUGUGGAGGUCUUUGAGGGAUUCCCUGGAUUAACUCGCUUCGCGAUGGGGGAUGGCGGGCUGUACGAUCGGCUCCGGAACGCUUGCAAUCUUACGCGGCCCCCAGGCUCGUUGGCGUUUCCGCCCUUGGAGGAAUGGCAAGGGAUAUCAGCGUUUUGCGACAAUGUCCCGUGCAGGUCAAUUGAAGCUCUUUUCGCAAGACGAAAAGCAGACUUACCGCCUACGGCGCCCUUGGAAGACAUCAAGGUGCUCAGACCGGAGAGCUUACAGAGCAUUGGCAAUGUGAAGGAAUACCAAGCCUCUUCGACUUCACCAAGUGCGUUGCGCACCCCUUCGGCAAUCGAAACGUUCCUGGCAGUUGUGGGAGAGGCUCCACAAGGAUGUGAUGGAGCCAUGGACACUCUGUUUGAGGAAGACGUCUUGCUGGCAGAAGGUUCAACAUCCCCGUCGCUCGUCAAUUCUCGACUUGAAGCGGUCGGUGAUGCUGCUGAGGACCCUACCUGCAGCGAUGAAGGCGUAUGGCCGGCUGAAGCUGAAGAGGUGCUACCCUCGCACGCGAUUGAUGAAGACGCACAGGACCAUGUCAUUGCGGCGGAAGACUGGUUCGACGUAAUACACGCUAUGUUGGCGUCUAGUGACGCGAACAACGGGACCUGCGGUUAAUCUGCCUUGUUUCCAUUCUCAAUUUUGGUUGACGGACGGGUCGGCGCACCGCAGGGUCGAUUCCCUGUUUAAACCUUGUAACGCGAGCGGAGCACGUUGUCACAUUAUUACAUAGGUAUGUA